AUGAGCAACGGAGAAACUGUUCGAAUUAGCCAUGGCAUCUGCGCGAUGGGCGAGGAAACCGGCCAUCAAUAUUCACUCCGCUGGGAUGAGAGUUCGCUGCCUUCGCCACAGCCCACUGAACGCGACAUGCAAACACAAAAGCGGAAGCACCGCCCACGUGACGCCCAGCCCAUACCGCGGAGGAGCAAACGCAUCAGGAACAAAAUCGCGGCCGCAGCCGCGGCAAUUUCAGCCCCCGACGCCGUGGUCAUUAAUGAUAACGCCAAAGACAACGACCAGAGCAACCCCGACCAAGUGGCGGCAGCGAUUGGGACCCCUUGGUCACCGAUGCAUGGUAUUGGAAAGCAAGAAGAGCCGAGUGACCGUUUCUUCGACGAGGAAAACGCGCUCACGCGAACGGAACUGAUGGAAGUCUACCGUUGUACCGAUGAUAGCAAACCGUACCAAGUGGCAUCAGCGAUUGGGAGGCCUCCGUCACGGAUGCAUGAGCCUAGUGUCAAUUUCUUCGACGAGAAAAAGGCGCCCACGCCAACGGAACUCAUGGAAGUCUAUCGUUGUACCGAUGAUAGCACACCGAACCGAGUGGCAUCAGUGAUUGGGAGGCCUCCGUCACCGAUGGAGGAGCCGAGUGACAGUUGCUUCGACGAGACAAAGGCGCUCACUUCAAUGGACCUGAUGGAAGCCUCCCGUUGUACCGAUGACGAGGGAAACAUUUCCACGACCACACAGCCGGACUUGCUCCCGGCCUUCCUCUUGGCCUUCCUCAAAGACGACCUAAUACUCGAUGCCGACGGGGAGGAGGGCUGGGUGAUGGACGCAAAGGAGGGCAAGGUGAUGGACGCAGUAAAGGCCAUCCAAGACACGGUGCCCUGA